AUGUCGAGGCAGGCAAAGGACCCGGUGCACAAGUGCCAUUCGGAUCCGGGGCAUAACCAGCCGGCCGGUGGUGCACCGGUGCCAGUGCAGAGCGGAAAACGGAGUUACGUGGCUGGGCGGAGGCACGUGCUGCCGGCUACCACGACGGCCACUCGCAAGUGCGUCCUCACCUUGGACGGCUACAGCUACGUCAUCGUUGCAUCUCCGCCAGAACGACGAGAGGAGAGGGAGGACUGCAGUGGUAGCCUCACCGACAGCCAUCCGGCUGACGGAGGUGGCAAUGGAACAACAAGAACCAACACCGGCUCUGUCUGCUGCAACGACCCGAGCUGCCCGACAUCUCAGACAAGCGGCAACGGCAGCGGCGCCGGUGGUGAUAGCGACGCGGUCUCGCCGCUGCCGUACUCGUCCUCGUCCACCUCUCCCCUGGGCCGCAACGGUCAACUACCCAAACAAGGCACACUGACGAUAACCCGACGAAGCUCCGCAAAAAGUAAAACGAACACCAGCGAUAGCUUCGAGAGUCCCGGUCAUUCCGACAAUCCCGAGGCCUACCUCCGAGGCCAAUCCGUCGACGAUCUUGACGAGAUACUCGAUCGGCUGGAUCUCACGACGGAUUCUCUACCCGCCGUCGACACUCCGGAUGCCUGUGAUAAGGCAGCCCUCAGACUGAGGUGCCUUUUACGUAAAUUACAACACGGUGAAAUAAACGCGGAACUUCUGCAACGAAAUUUGCACUAUGCGGCUCGUGUGCUCGAAGCUGUUUUUAUCGAUGAGACCAAGGUGCACCCGCGAGCGCCUCGUAGGGCGACCACGUUGCCGUCGGUGCCUUCAACGACCACACCACCGCCCGGAUUCGACGCCGAUGGACCGCAGAGCCACGCCGUGGCUACACAGAAGCGGAAGCUUCGCACCCCCGUGUGGGCCAGAGAAGCCGAGCGAAUGGAGAAGGCAGCCAGUGGUCAGCCGGGCAGGCGUCGUAGACGACUGGCCGACGAAGACGACGAGCUGUCGGAGGUGCAACCAGACGCGGUGCCACCGGAGGUGCGUGAGUGGCUCGCCUCGACGUUCACGCGACAGCUGGCGACGACGAGGCGCCGGGCCGACGAGAAACCGAAAUUCCGUUCGGUCGCACACGCCAUCAGGGCAGGGAUAUUCGUCGACCGGAUCUACAGGCGUGUCACCAACACCGCCCUCAUGCAGUUUCCCCCGGAUGUCGUCAGGUCACUUAAGACGCUGGACGAGUGGUCGUUCGACGUCUUCGGGCUGAACGAGGCGGCUCAGGGUGCCCCGGUCAAGUACAUGGGCUACGACCUGCUCAACCGCUACGGUACCAUGACCAAGUUCAAAAUACCACCCCAGGUACUCGAGAGUUUUCUCGUGAGGAUUGAGGAGGGCUACUGCAGGUAUCGCAAUCCUUACCACAACAACUUGCACGCGGCCGACGUGGCGCAGACCAUGCACUACGUGCUCUGUAUCACCGGGUUGAUGAACUGGCUGACCGAUCUGGAAAUCUUCGCCACACUAGUAGCUGCCCUAAUCCACGACUACGAGCACACGGGCACGACGAAUAAUUUCCAUGUGAUGUCAGGCAGCGAGACAGCCUUGCUGUACAAUGACCGAGCCGUACUUGAGAAUCAUCACAUCUCAGCCAGCUUCCGUAUAUUACGCGAGGAUGAGUGCAAUAUCCUGCAGAAUUUGUCUCGAGAAGAGUUCCGGGAGUUCCGGACUCUAGUGAUCGACAUGGUCCUGGCGACAGACAUGAGUUUUCACUUUCAGCAGCUAAAAAACAUGAAAAAUUUACUAAGCCUCGCCGAGCCAACUGUUGACAAGAGCAAGGCUGUGAGCCUCGUUCUUCACUGCUGCGAUAUUUCACAUCCUGCCAAACGGUGGGACCUGCAUCAUAGGUGGACGAUGCAGCUUCUCGAGGAAUUUUUCCAGCAAGGUGACAAGGAAAGAGAGCUUGGACUACCCUUUUCACCCCUCUGCGAUCGAAACAAUACUUUGGUAGCCGAGUCACAGAUAGGUUUUAUCGAAUUUAUCGUCGAGCCGAGUAUGCAAGUCUGCAGUGACAUGCUAGAAACUGUUCUCACACAGCUCAAUAUUACAAAAAGCGAGUCCAGUGGAGGAGGGGUACACUUACCCGUAAGUGUUGAACAUAAAACUGAGUUCCUAGACUGGGUCUGGUCCAAGGGAAUGGCAAAGGAGUGCAUCUCAAUGGUGAAGGAAAAGGAUGAGUGA